UGAUGGGAAACCAGUGGAGCUCACUCAGGAUUUGGCGUUCCAAUUAAAAAUUAACCCAUAAACCACUAUUACAUCAAUCAGAGGAUAGAAGUUUGGUGUUGGAUGUACAAUUAAUAGACAAGAACAAGCCAAGUACCCAACGAGAAAGGUCUAGCAACAACUAUAGACAGCAGCAACAACAUGAAAGAAAGCUAAUGGAGCCCCAAGGCAUGGCUGCCAUGCGCUAUCUGUUGGAACCCUUCACGAUCGGAGACUAUUUGCUAAAAUCAAAGCUACGUGAAAGUUCUGUUUCCAUCGUUUGGAAAGCUGAGACGAAAUCAAGCGGUGAAGAAGUGGCAGUGAAGCAAGUUUUCCUUUCCAAGCUCAACAAACACCUCGCCAACUGUUUGGAUUGCGAGCUUAAUUUUCUCUCUUCUGUUAAUCACCCUAACAUCAUUCGUCUUCUUCACGUUUUACAGUCUGAAAGUUGUUUGUUCCUGGUCCUUGAGUUCUGUGCUGGAGGAAACCUAGCCUCUUACAUUCGACGUUGUGGAAGAGUUCAAGAGCAAUUAGCUAGGAGAUUCAUGCAGCAACUAGGAGCCGGUUUGGAAGUAUUGCAGUCCCACCAUAUCGUUCACAGAGACCUGAAACCAGAGAACAUUCUACUUUCGGGCUCCAAGGAUGAUUUGGUGCUGAAGAUAGCGGAUUUUGGUCUUUCAAGAAGUCUAGAUCCAGGCAAUUAUGCUCAGACGGUAUGCGGGUCUCCUUUGUAUAUGGCGCCAGAAGUUCUACAAUUUCAAAGUUACGAUGAGAAGGUUGACAUGUGGAGCCUUGGUGCAAUUCUUUUCGAGCUUCUUAAUGGUCACCCGCCUUUCCGAGGUAGAACUAAUGUCCAGCUGCUGCAGAAUAUUAAGUCGUCCACAUGCCUUCCGUUUUCUAAGCUCAUUCUUCCUCGAUUACAUCCCGACUGUGUCGACAUGUGUUCAAGACUCCUUUCUGUGAAUCCAGUUGACCGCCUGUCAUUUCAAGAAUUCUAUCAACAUAGAUUUUUGAGAAAAAAGGGAAUGGGAAAACAAAACAAAUAAUCAUCUCCUGUUCUUGAGAGUUUGAAUUCAUCCCGAGAUAGAAAUUGAUAAGGCAUCUUCAUACGCUUUAAGUUAAGUUUCCGAUAUUUACUUCUCUAUUAAUUUUAUGGGCCAUUGUAGAAUAUGCUCAUUACAUCACCCUGGAACCGGACAUGAAAAUACCGAAAACAGUCUCAAAUUAUAAACCAUGUUUGUGGCAUCGCAUUCUGUAUUGACAACAUAAAUGAACUUGUAUAUGCAGAAUCCAGUAACCUGUUUUUGUGCUUGAUAA